CACUUCAUAUUCACAAAAAGGUACUUUAAAAAAUUGACAUGAAAAGUUAAUUAUUGUGGUCUGUACAGCUGCAGUAAUUCCCUGAGAACUUCAAGAUUAAAUAUCACCGAUAUGUUCAAUGAAAAACUAAUAACUUCAAAGAAUACGGUGUCUAUCAGAGACAAAAAUAUUUAUAUUUCACACUAAAAACAAAACAAAGCGAUUAAAUUUGGCAAUACAUCAAAUUAAAGAAAAAAAGUUUAUGUAUUUUAAAGUAGUUUCUUUCCUUCUUAUCGCAUAUCAAAUUCAGCUUUAACAAGCGAAACGUUUACGACGAUAUGUCUUUGGAAGUCACUCUCUAAACUCUCUAAUUACGUCCAGUUAUGGAAAACUCGCAUGUUUUCUAACAUGUAUAUUAUUUACUUCCUUUUCCAUUUACAAAUACCACGGUUUUCUUUAUUUAUGUGUCUCUAACAAUGAUGUUUAGGUUUUUCCGCAAUUACCUUGAAAUUAAUUUUGUAACACCUACAAGUCCUUUUAUUUGUUUUCGUUCAAUAUGAGUACAGCUGGCGUCCGCUUAACAACUGACAUUUCGCUUGCUGUUUAUGAAGCUCCCACAUAAAUGUGCUCAAUCUAAACGGACUCUGCAAAAAAAUCUCAUUGAGAAAGAAAACGYAAWAAAAACUACUUCAAAAAUCGGGCUAACAUCACUAUCAAGCCAGGAAGCGAAGUACGGUGACUUCAACUCAAGAAUUCUAAAAGAGAAAUUUUGAGGAUUAGCAAGAUGAGAGGAGUUAAUGGUCUUCACUUCCAGUUUCUAUCUCUCGUUUUAUUUCUAGAUAUUCAGCUGAUCAAGAACGCAUAUGCAGUAACUUUCACAAUUUACGACGGUAAAAAUGAUAAAAAGGAAUGGACCGACGCCAACGAUUUCUGCAAAGAAAAAGGCGGACUUCUUGCAGUUGUGAACACAGAAGACAAGCGAAGAGAAUUGCAAGAUCAACUCCCUAAWGGCGGGCAUUUUUGGAUAGGAUUUAGAGAAUUAAGCGGUUCUCUCCAAUGGGCUGAKAAAUCUGCAAACAACUUUACAUGUGGUAUUACUAGUAAAGAUAAUAAGAAAUGUUGUACGAUUCAAAAAACGGGCAAGAGCUUCAAGUAUCAGGGAAAGAAAUGUGACCACAAGGAAAAGUUUGUGUGUGGAAAGACUGCAGAAUCCUCAAUACAAACACAGAUAUCAAGCGUUCAAAAAUCAACCAGCAAAGCAUCACAAACUACCUUACAGCCCACACCAUCACCAACUACCUUACAACCCACACCAUCACCAACUACCUUACAACCCGCACCAUCACCAACUACCUUACAACCCACACCAUCAACUACCUUACAACCCGCACCAUCACCAACUACCUUACAGCCCACACCAUCACCAACUACCUUACAACCCACACCAUCACCAACUACCUUACAACCCGCACCAUCACCAACUACCUUACAACCCACACCAUCAACUACCUUACAACCCGCACCAUCACCAACUACCUUACAGCCCACACCAUCACCAACUACCUUACAACCCACACCAUCACCAACUACCUUACAACCCGCACCAUCACCAACUACCUUACAA